AUGUGCCUUGUGCUGCUCUCCUCCUCCUGUGAUAUCGUGCACCUUGGCGUGUCCCUGCUAUAUCCUGAGGCUUCUCCAUCCACCUUCAGGGAGAUCAAGGCCAUCAAGUACAUUGUGCGGGGGCGGUCUGUCGUGGUGUCGGCACCCACGGGCUCGGGCAAGACCGCCAUCGCCGAGGCCUGCAUGCGCCACUUCCUGGGAGCGGGGCGGCGCAUCAUCUACACCACGCCCCUCAAGGCGCUGAGCAACCAGAAGCUGGUGGAGAUGCGGCAGCGAUUCGGGGUGGAGGCGGUGGGGCUGCAGACCGGGGACGCCAGCGUGAACAUCGCCGCGCCGCUGGUCAUCAUGACCACCGAGAUCCUGAGGAACCAGCUGUACCGCAGCAGGACGAUGGCGCCGGAUGGGGUGGAGGGCGCUGAGGCAGCGACGGAUGCCGCCGGUGAUGAUGACUUCGAGGACGUGGCCCUGGUGGUGCUGGACGAGGUGCACUACCUGGGCGACCCCUGGCGCGGCAGCGUGUGGGAGGAGGUGCUGAUCAACCUGCCGCCCCACAUCCUGGUCCUGGGCAUGAGCGCCACUGUGAAGAACCCUGGUGACCUGGCGGGCUGGAUCAGACAGGUCCACGGCGAGUGCAGCGUGGUGAGCAGCACGCACCGUCCCGUCCCGCUGACCUGGCACUACUGCCACGCGGACGCCGAGCUGGCGCGCGCGCGGCUCAAGCCCCUGCUGGCGCGGGGCGGGCGCCGGCUGCACCCCUCCCUCCUGGUGUCGGUGGUGGAAAGGACGGAGGAGGACGACUGGCUGAGCGUGCCCCGGGCACGGCGUGUGCCCUCCAUGGCUCAAGGCAGGUCUAUGAUGGUCGUGGUGGUCCGGCUGCUGAACUCCAAAGGCAUGCUGCCGGCGCUGUGGUUCUGCUUCUCCAGGCGGGAGUGCGACCUGUGCGCCAUCGCCCUCCCCACCCAGGGCAUCGACCUCACCACGCCCAAAGAGCGGGAGGCCAUCCAGAGGCACAUCGACCUGGCGCGUGAGGGAGCCCCCGAAGCCGUGAGGGAGGACCUGGUGCCGUCCCUGCUGGCCGGCAUCGCCUCCCACCACGCGGGCUGCCUCCCGGCCUGGAAGACCUUGGUGGAGCACCUGUUCCAGCAAGGCCUGCUCAAGCUGGUGAUUGCCACCGAGACGCUGGCGGCCGGCAUCAACAUGCCCGCCCGCACCUCCCUCAUCUCCACCAUGACCCGGCGGUCGGGGGAGGGGUUUGCCGCGCUGCGGCACAACGACCUGCAGCAGAUGGCGGGGCGGGCGGGGCGGCGUGGGUACGACACCGAGGGGCACUGCGUGGUGGUGGCCUCCAAGUGGGACGAGCCCAGUGCCGCCUGGGAGGUCCUCAAGGGCGGGCCCGAACCCCUGGAGUCCCAGUUCAGCGCGGGGUACAGCAUGGCGCUGAGCCUGCUGGCCACGCGCUCCCUGCCCGACGCCCGCGCUUUCCUCCACAAGUCGUUCCUGCGGUACAUGGGCGGCGCAGCCACGCGCCAGCGCCUGGCGGAGGUGGCCGCCCUGGAAAGGGCGGCGGAGGACCUGCGACGCGAGCUGGGCGCGGCGGACGGCGUCGGGUCGGAGCCCGAGCUCUGGCAGCGCUUCCGCGCGGCGCAGGAGGCCGCGCGCUCCGCCAAGGCGGCGGGCAGGAGGCUGCGCUCCGCCGUACGGGCCGCGCACGGCGGUGCGAUGGCGGAGCGGGUCGCGGAGGCGCGGCGUGAGACGCCCUGCCCCGCCGUGGCGCUGGAUCUGGAGGGGCGGCUACUGGACCCUGGGGCCGGGCCCGAUUCGCUCGCUCUGCUCCCCGCCUGGCUGCUGGGCCCCAGCGAGGUGGACGGCAAGGAUGACGGCUGGGAGGCUGCGGCAGACGCAGCGCCGGCCCCCCCCCGCUACGUCUGCCUCGGCGCCGACAAUCGGCUGUACGACGUGCCGGCGCACGUGUUGGCGGGCGGCACGGCCGGGUGGACGGCGGCGCUGCCCGGGCCGGGCGCGUUCGAGGUCGCGCGCCCCGACCCGGGCACGCUGCGCUCGCUGCGCGCCUGCGCGGACGACCUGGCGACGGUCAAGCACGACGCGACGUCCGAAGGCCGCAUGGGCGACACGACCCCAAUGGGCACCCCCCCACCCCCCCCGCGCUCCAUCCCGCUGUCGCCGCUGGGCGAGGCUGCGCGCCAGUUGCACGGCGGCAACGAGCUGUGGCUGGCGCUGGCGCUGACGCACGCGGCGCUGCAGGACCUGGCCCCCGAGCACCUGGCCGGCGCGCUGGCGGCGCUGGCGGCGGGCGACGCGCUCUCCCGCCCUGGGCUGCGCGUGGCCUACCCCGCAGCGCCCGCCGCCGCGGCGGCGCUGGAGGCGCUGGAGGGCGCGCGGCUGGAGCUGGAGCGUGCGCAGGCGGGCGCGGGGGUGGAGGUCCCCGUGACCCUGGAUGCACGCGUGGCGGGGCUGGCGCAGGCCUGGGCGGCGGGCGCGUCCUGGGCGCAGCUGGCCGCCGACAGCAGCCUGGACGACGGCGACGUGGCGCGCCUGCUCAUGAGGACGGUGGACCUGGCGCGGCAGGCCGCGCACUGCGAGCAGCUGCUGCCGGAACUGCGUGCCGCCGCCAGGAAGGUGGUGCGGGCCAUGGACCGCAGCCCCAUCUCCGACCUGGUGCACUAA